AUGGCUCACCGUCGUCAACCCUACGGAUCCGACGGAUCCAGCCGCGACAGCAGCCCAGACCGCGCACACCCGCCCCGCCGCGUACCGCCAAUGAUCCCGAUCCAGUACGGCGGAGCCCCAGCACAACACAUGCCCGGCCGAGUCCUGCACCUGCCCGGCUACGGCCCACCCCAGCUGAUUCGAGGGGGCGCCUUCCCGCCGCCUCGGCCCGCUCCCAACAGCCAUCACCACCACCACCACGCGCACACGCACCACGACCACCCCCAUAACCACGCACACCACGACCACCACCACCACCACGCGCACCACCCGCACGCCACCUACGCCUCGUCCGGCAGCUCCGACGAAGGCUCCUCCUCCGAUGACGGCAGCUUAGACGGGUUCGUCCGCGGGCGGGGCGCUUCGAACCUCGAGUACGCUCCUCCCGGCCCUGGGCGCGCAAUCCCUAUGCCCGGCCGUCGGCAGCCCGGCGUGCCCAUGGCAUACCCGUCGAUCCCCGGGGGUCACAUGGGACACUACCCGCUCCGAUCCCCUCCUCGCGCGGGUGAUGCGCAUGGCACUGGUGGGAGGGAGAGCGACGAGGGCGAUAGCACGGAGAGCUACGAGACUGAUAGUGAGCGUGAUGACGCUAACGGGCGUGGUCCGCCGAGGCGGGGUCCGCAUCAGCAUUCGCAUCAUUGCGCUGAAGGGGCUUGCCAGCGGGGAGGGGGCCGGGAUAGAUACUAG